AUGGACUUCUACGACGGAACCACUGACCCAAAGCAUCACUUGAGCAAUUUCAAAAGUCGGAUGUACCUAGCCGACACCUCUGAUGCUACUCGCUGCAAGGCUUUCCAGACGACCUUGAUAAAGGCACCGAUGAAGUGGUUCGAUAAUCUCCCUCAUAGGUCUGUCACUAGCUUCGACAACCUCUCGCGUAAAUUCCUUAUGCGAUUUUCUAUCCAAAAGGAUAAGGUGAAGCACGCACUAAGCCUCCUGGGAGUAAAACAGGAGGUCAGAGAACCUUUGAGGGAUUACAUGGAAAGGUUCAACAAAGAGUGCCUAGAAAUUCAAGACCUGCCCACGGAGACAGUGAUUAUGGGCCUAAUAAAUGGACUCCGAGAAGGCCCCUUUUCCUAG